AAGUGUAAAACCAUUCUUAGCUCACGGGCCAGAUGCGGCCAACAGGCUGUAGGACUUCCUUGUCUAGAUCACAAUGGAAGAGGAGUGGAGCUGGGACUCACAGGGGAUUAGACCCGGGACACAAAGCCCCGGCAGAGGGCUCAGCGGGUGCAAAGACGCGAAGGCUGGAAGGAGUUCGGCAUGCUGCAGGCCUGAAGAGCCAUGUGGCUAAACUGCACUGAGCAAGAGGGGAGCGUGAGAGCACAGCGUGGGGAGCUUCGUGAGCCUUAACGAGAGGUUUAGAAUUUACUCCAAAUUCAGGAGAAAGCUGUAUGGACGCGCGGAGGAAAGAUGGGCCCUUGAUCUAAUUUAUACUGUUUAAAGGCUCCUCUGCCCGGCACCGGGGCACGGAGCCCCCCAGGGGGCGGCGCGGUCUCCCCCGGAGAGAGGCGAGGCUGGCCUCGCGUGGCCUGUGGCCUGUGGCCUGGCAACAAAGCAGAGCCAGGAAUGCGUUCAGACAGACUCGGGGCAGAAAAACCUGCCAUUGCUCCGCCCGUCUUUGUGUUUCAGAAGGAUAAAGGACAAAAGUCCUCUGCAGAGCAAAAAGACUUGUCGGAUUCGGGAGAGGAGCCUCGGGGGGAGGCUGAGGCCCCCCACCAUGGCACGGGUCACCCCGAGUCAGCUGGUGAGCAUGCCCUAGAGCCUCCUGCCCCUGCUAGCGCUUCAGCCAGCACUCCUGAAGCCCAGCUUCUUCCUUUCCCGCGAGAACUGGCAGGGAGGCCAGCUGGAGGCUCCAGCCCCGAAGGUGGAGAAGAUUCUGACCGAGAAGAUGGAAAUUACUGCCCUCCCGUCAAGCGAGAAAGAACGUCCUCUUUAACCCAGUUCCCACCUUCACAGUCAGUAUCAAAAAACAAUGUUUUUAUGCCAUCAACCUUCUGCGAGCCAUCUGCAGGCAAUUCUGACUCAGAACCAGAGGAAAAGAGCAGUGGAUUCCGGUUGAAGCCACCAACAUUGAUCCACGGCCAGGCACCCAGUGCAGGUCAUCUCGGUUACCUGGCACAUGAGCACCGAAAAGCCACUUUAAGGAGCCCAUCAGACCAAGGAAAUUCUCCCCUCUGUCUGCCGAGCCAGAAGCCCAAGGAGCAACAGCGGAGUGUGCUUCGCCCGGCAGUGUUACAAGCCCCACAGCCAAAGGCACUCUCACAGACCGCUGCCAGCAGCGGCACCAACGGAGUCAGCGUCCCGGCAGACCGCACGGGGGCCGCGACAGCGACAUCGGCCGACAGCCCCGCACGCAGAAGUCCGUCCGAUGAGGCGCGAGCACUUGAGGAGAAAGAGCCCCAGAAAAAUGAGUCUAGCGAUACUUGUGAGGAGGAAAACUGUGAGAAAAAAGAGCAAGUUGCACAGCAGGCGUUUGUGUUCGGGCAGAACCUGAGGGACAGAGUCAAGUUAACAAAUGAGAACACGGAAGUAGCUGACAUGGAGAACGCUGGACACCCCAGUUCAGAAACGCCAGCUGCGACCAACUAUUUCCUUCAGUAUAUCAGCUCCAGUUUAGACAACUCGACCAAUAGUGCCGACACCGCCAGCAACAAAUUCGUGUUUGGCCAGAACAUGAGCGAGCGUGUGCUGAGCCCACCUAAAUUAAAUGAAGUCAGUUCAGAUGCCACCAGGGAAAAUGCAGCUGCUGAGUCCGGGUCCGAGUCCUCAUCCCAGGAGGCCACCCCCGAGAAAGAGUCCCUGGCCGAGUCGGCAGCCGCCUACACCAAGGCAACAGCACGGAAGUGUUUGUUGGAAAAAGUGGAAGUCAUCACCGGGGAGGAGGCGGAGAGCAACGUGUUACAGAUCCAGUGUAAGCUGUUUGUCUUUGACAAGGCCUCGCAGUCGUGGGUGGAGAGAGGCCGGGGGCUGCUCAGGCUCAACGACAUGGCAUCGACUGACGACGGGACGCUCCAGUCUCGACUAGUGAUGCGGACCCAGGGCAGCUUGCGACUGAUCCUCAAUACCAAGCUCUGGGCCCAGAUGCAGAUUGACAAGGCCAGUGAAAAGAGCAUACGCAUCACAGCCAUGGACACUGAGGACCAGGGCGUGAAGGUUUUCCUGAUCUCAGCCAGUUCCAAGGACACGGGCCAGCUGUAUGCAGCCCUGCACCACCGCAUCCUGGCCCUGCGCAGCCGUGUGGAGCAGGAACAGGAAGCCAAGAUGCCUGCCCCUGAACCUGGGGCAGCCCCAUCCAACGAGGACGACAGUGACGAGGACGUCCUGGCUCCAUCGGGGGCCACCGGAGGCGGUGCUGGCGAGGAAGGGGAGGGGCAGACGGCCGGAAGCACAUAGCGCCGGGAGCCGGCUGCCCACGAGCCUGCUGCUUUGUCCGUCUGUCUGCCCGCCCGCCCGCCCGCCCCGCCAGCAGUGUGGAGGCGCAGGGCUCGGGAACCACACUCCCCGCUGGGUUGGCC